GAUCUUUGCUUUGCACUCUUCACGACGACUUGACGACGGCGACAACGACAGCGACGAGCCAGCUAGACGACGCGACUUGUACAUAAAAAAGACGAGACGACACACGCCGGCAGACAACAAGAAACUUACCGGAAGACCCUUGUUACUUGGCGCCUCAACCCCUCUCGACAUCGCCAACUUCUCGACUCGUCCUCCCCAUCGCACCACUUCCCCCUCCAUGAUGCUGGGCCUCAACUCCAGCCCCACGCUGUCGCCGACGACGAUCAACACAACAGGCACAUACACACUCAAGCGGCGGCCAGAGCUGUGCGACGUGUUCCUGCGCAUCGCGCACGAGUCGGGCGACGCCGCGGCUGCCAUGAGCCAGGUGACGACGGCGACGCAGGAGGUCGCCAGCUUCCUCCGGCAGCUGACGGCGCGGCCUGCGCCCUCCGCCGCGAACCACCAGCACCGGCCGAGCCUCGACGUGCCGGGCUCGGCGCACUCACACUCGACCAGCCCAGCGCGCUCCGGCUCGGGCCGCUUCAGCCUCUCGCGUUUCUCCAUCUCUGGGCCGUCGUCGAGCGGCUCAAACGACGACAACAAGUCGAGCCUUGGCCCGUCGAGCGCGUCAGCGUACGCUGAGCGCGUGAAGACCUCCUCCCACACCGACUGGCACUCGGACAGCGAAGACCCAGACGUGGACGACACGCCGCCCGUCACGCCAAACCCCGAGCGCCCAGUCUCCACCUGGUCCAUGGAGCGCGUGCACACCCAGUCCUGGACAGAGUACCGCGACGGCGUGCCCGAGGACCAGAGGCCGCGGCGGCACCGCGCCGAGACGACGAUGAAGGCGACGUUCCACGACUUUACCGCCCUGAGCGAGUUUACCACCUGGGUCACGGCCUCCAAGUACAUCUCGUUCGACACGCUCACCUGGCGCCUGUCGCGGAGAACCGAGCGCUCCCUCGCGUCGCGCGCACGGCAGGGCGCGCUGCGCGACGCGAUUGCCAAGGCGAGAGACUAUGUGAGUGUGCUCAACACUGCCACGGCCGUCGACCGUUCCCUUACCAUUGCCGACGUGAGCGACAGCGACGCGCAGGGAAGCCACAGCGUGCCGUACCAUUCCAACGCCAUGUUUGAGCGCGCCGACGGCGUCGGCCUAGGCGGCGGAGGGCCACGACUCAACUUUGACCCGGAAAAGGUCGCCGUCGACGUGACUGUCAACGUCAAGUUUGUGCUCGAGUAGUCGUGGGGGGCUGUAUGCAUUGGCAGUUGUAAGCUGUGCUGUGCUGACGGAC